AUGACUGCGCCAAACCCCUCGGGCCUCCCGACCACGUUCGAUGAGAAGGCGUCCACGCCGGCACGUCGCCUGUCCACGUCCUCAACGGCCGACUCGGAGCUCAAGAAAGAAGGUGUUCAUACGACUGGUGUCACUUUCCCCGACACGCCCUUGAAACGCAUCCCAACGCUCCCCAGGACGAACACGCUCGGUAUUCGCCGCGAGCUCACUCUGAACCGUGAGCUCACGCAAGAGGUCAAGGACCGUGCCGCCGCCGGAUACCAGGAUGCGAACGAGAAGACCAAAGAGAGUGCCUCGCAGUUCAUCGAAAUCGUAAGACUCACGACUCUACUGGAUGACACGUGUCUUCCGACGCGGAAAUUGUAGCCAAGUCGUGAGCUGACCGCCUCUCCCGCCUUGACCUCCCCUGUUCGCCACAUUUCCGCUGUCCCCUGACCCCUCGCUCGGCUCUUCGCCCACCCGUUCGUCCGGUUUCCAGGUCGAUCAUCAUCUGACCGUCGCUGAGGUGGCCAAGAAGUUCGAUACUACUUUCGACGUCAAGAACCCCGCGAACUCCAAGGGACUCACCUCAGCGGUCGCGGCAGAGCGACUCCAGACGAAUGGUCCGAACGCGCUGACGCCUCCUGCGCGCAAGUCGGGUCUUCGCAAAUACCUCGAGUCCCUCAGUUCGCUCUUCAACAUUUUGCUCAUUGUGGCUGGCAUCUUGGAGUAUAUCCUGCUCGGUGUCGAUUUUGAGGACAACAAGCCAAACGAGUACAUCGGAGGUAUUUUGAUCGCCGUCGCCUUCGUCAACGCCGGUAUCGACUAUUACCAGAUCGCCAAGGCCGAAGCCGUGCUCGCCGGAUUUUUGUCCCUUGUCCCCGCGACCUGCACCGUCGUUCGUGACGGUCAAAUCAGCCAGAUCCCGGCCGCCGACUUGGUUUUGGGGGACUGCGUCCUCAUUCGCAUGGGUGACAAGACCCCCGCCGACGUCUUUAUCUUUUCCGCAGUCAGCUGCUCCGUCGACAACAGUUCUCUUACCGGAGAAGCCGAACCGCAGAAGCGAGUCGUCGUACCCGAGGGCGACAAGGCCAAACGCGCUGCUGAGGCCCAGAACUUGCUUUUCAACACCACUCUUGUCGUCUCCGGAGAAGCUUGGGGUGUCUGCAUCCGAACCGGUGAUAACACCUUCAUCGGCUCCAUCGCGUCGCUCACGUCGAAUCAAAGCGAGAAGAAGUCUCCUCUCGCUACCGAGAUCGAUCGGUUCGUCAAGCUAUUGAGUUCAGUUGCCAUCUUCACCGCUAUCCUGUUCUUCAUCGUCGGCAUCACCACUGUGUACAAGGGCCAAGCCGCGGCAACGGUCACAUUUGCGAUCACCAUCUUGGUCGCCUGGAUCCCCGAAGGAUUGCCCGCCACGGUCACGCUCUUGCUGUCGAUCGCUGCCCAACGUAUGGCUAAGCGACAGGUUCUCGUCAAGGAUUUACAAGGUGUAGAGGUGACUUAUAGGAAAUCCGGUGUUUGUAUUGAAAGCGGCGGCUGACGAAUCCGUUUGGGCUCACCCGCCGUCCUUGGGUAGACGCUUGGUUCUCUAACCAUGCUUGCUACCGACAAGACUGGUACACUCACCCGCAACCAGAUGACGGUCACGAACGUCUGGACGGGAGAGGUUUUCUACACCGACAAUGCCGUCCACGCCGAGUCCUCGGAGCGUACUCUCGUACCCCAGGACAUCGGAAUCGCCGAAACGAUCUCAAUCUGCGCGCUCAACUCCAAGAUCAAGUUCAAUAGGACCGACGUCCCCUUCUCCGAACGCGAGCUGCUCGGUGACGCCACCGAAACCGGUCUUACUCGAUUCUCGGCCAAGCACUUGGCUUCGUACGACGACACCCGUGCCGAGUUCCCCCAGGUCUUCGCUAUCCCGUUCAACUCGACCGACAAGGCUGCCACCGUCGUCGUCAAGAAGCAACACGCCACCGGUCACUUAACUCUGUACCUCAAGGGAGCGCCCGAGCGAGUUCUCGCCCGAUGCUCGACCUACCUCGGAUCUGAUGGCUCCCUUCGACAGGUCGACGAUGCGUUCAAGGCGGCUUACACGGUCUCGUACGAUGCGAUGGCGCACAAAGGUCAUCGUGUCAUUGGUUGCGCUCAACUCCAAUUAGCCGAUGCCGAUGUACGCGAGGGUUUCGACUUUGAGGAGAACAAGAGCAUGUUCGCACACGGUCUCACUUUCGUCAGUCUCGUCUCGCUCGAGGACCCUCCCAAGCACGGUGUGCGUGAAGCAGUUGGUACCUUGCGACGAGCAGGUAUCCAGGUCAUGAUGGUCACGGGUGAUCACCCCGCCACCGCCGAAGCCAUUGCCCGCAAGAUCAACCUCAUCUCGGGUGAAACCAAAGCCGACGUCGCGAAAAGAACUGGUCGUCUGGUCGACUCGAUCGAUGAAGACGAAUACGAUGCCGUCGUCGUUCACGGUGACGACAUUGAUGGACUUCAGGGAUACCAGUGCGCUGCCUCGCAUAUCUUUGCUCUAACACAGGCAAGCUGCUGACUUCACUCGCGAGCGCUGUCUUUCUACAGAUGGGACCAAAUCUUCAGUCACUCGGAAAUCGUCUUUGCUCGUACUUCGCCUCAGCACAAGCUCGCGAUCGUGCGACACGCUCAAGAUCUCGGACACAUCGUCGGCUGCAGUGAGUGGAUUCUGACGAUCAUCUUUGUGCUCCAGAAAUAUGCGAAACUAAUCGGUCGGAACCACGUCUGUUCAUUCCAUAGCGGGUGAUGGUGUCAACGACGCUCCGGCCUUGAAGCAGGCUGAUCUCGGAAUCGCGAUGAACAUCUCCGGUUCGGACGUCAGCAAGGAGAGCAGUAAAAUGAUUCUUCUCGACGACAACUUUGCGUCCAUCACGAGCGGCGUGGAAGAGGGUCGUCUUAUCUUCCAGAACUUGAAGCGCUCGAUUCGUUAUACCGUUACGCACUCGAUCCCUGAGGUCAUCCCUCAGAUCCUCUACGUCCUCGUCCCCGUGCCGUUGCCUCUGUCCGCUUUGCUCAUCUUGGUACGUAGGACCUCUUCUUGGCCGUUCUGAAGCCGCAAGGAACUCACAUCAAUUUUUUCUCUUUGCUCCCUAUAGUUGAUCGAUCUUGGUUUCGAACUUGCGGUCGCGCUCAGUUUCGCCUUCGACCCUGCCGAAUCAGCCGACGCUAUCAUGCGAGCCGCUCCUCGCAAGCCGGUUUCGGACGCCUCGAUUGGCCGCCUCAAGGCUCGCGCCUUGCGUCGCAUCAAGACGCGCAACUUCGAUCCCGAGACGAACCAGACCAUCGAACCCACCCGCAUGAGCAAGUACAUCGAUUCGGCGAAAGCCCCCUUCACGCGCCAGUUCUGGGUCGAUGCUUUUGAGCCUUCGGACGACGAGACGCUCGUCGACCGUAACCUCCUAUCUUACUCUUACCUCGAAGCGGGUAUGAUCGAGCUCAUCGGCGCUUUGACCGGUUAUUUUGUCGUCUUCUACAAGUCCGGCUUCACCCCUCGCGAUCUGUACCUCGCUCAAAAAUCCGCGAACCCCAAAUACUUCCUCGACAACUCGCCCAACUACAUUUCCGUCUCGGGUCGUGUCCUGACCGCUUCGGAACAAGUCGACGCCUGGGCGAAAGCGACGAGUAUCAUGUACCUGUCCAUCUUCCUGAUCCAAUGCUUCAACAUCUUCGCCUCCAAAGCCAAGUUCCUCCCUCCCUUUGGGAAACACGUCGUGUCGAACUACUACAACUUCGCUGGCAUCCUCGGUGGUGCGGUCGUAGCCAUGUUCGUGAUCUACACCCCUCCUUUGCACGCCGCGUUCGGAGGGACGUACAAACUCUCGCCUUUGUACUGGCUCAUCCCGAUCGCGUUCGGAUGCUUCCUCCUCGCUUGGUCGACGGCACGUGUGUACCUGACCCGCCGAGCGUUGGAGAAGACCCACGUCAAGCCCUUGCCCAAAUUGAUGAUGCACCCGACCAUGUACUCGACCGGAGGCGGUAAGUAG